UUGCAGCUGCAGUGCAGUUGCAAGCUUGCAAGCAUUCAUGCGCUCGAUUUUAUUGCAUAUCUUCAGUAUACAUGUUGUACAGAGAAACUGUUAAUAAAUACUCGGUUUUAAUAAAUUGAUAGUUGAAAUUGGUGUUAAGACAAAUUGUCCUUAAUUCAACAUGUUUCGUAUCAUGAUACUAUUUUUAUCAUUGCUCCAAAGUUGUAUAUGCGAGCUUGGAUGUCGCGACGAGCACGAUAAUUUAGUUGACUGGUAUUAUUUGUACAAACUUCCACAUGAAGAAUUUGAUAGCCACACAAACACAUCUGGAUUUCGCUAUGCCUUUAUGACACCGAAUGGUUCCAGUAUGUGGCGGUUGUCGGAGCGAAGCAUCAAUGACACUGAAAGUAUUCCAGGACGAACACUAGGACCAGUGCUCAAGGAAGGCGUUAAGAAUUUGUUGGUUCUUCUAUAUAACGAUGAACCACCGCAGAACAAUACAGAUGGCUUAAGAGGACAUACAAAAGGUGUAGUGGCCACGGAUGGAUCAAGUGGUUUUUGGCUUGUUCAUUCGGUUCCAAAGUAUCCUCCACCACUGGGACAAUCCUAUCAGUACCCAAGUACAGGCAAAAUGUAUGGUCAAAGUUUUCUUUGCAUGAGUGUUGCUGCUGACCAGAUGGAAUUGAUUGGGCUUCAGUUGCUGUUGAAUGAACCUCAUGUUUAUUCGUUUCAUAUUCCGGAUGUGCUACGAGACCGGUUUCCUAGAUUGGUAAAAGUGACGAAGAUGCAAACUGAUGAGAAUCCUGCUCAUUGGAAUUCCUUAGACUUGAAAUCCGUUGGAGGCACAAUUUUUCAUUCUUUCGCUAAAAAUCGAUUGUUCCAAAAGGAAUUGUACGCUGAUUUGAUUGCCCCAACACUUCAGGUUGGAUUAAAAGUGGAAACGUGGCAACACGGAGCUGGAAACUUACCCAGUGACUGCCUGCACUGGCCCGUGUUCAAUAUAAAAGAAGUGAAAAUUACGAAAGAUUAUCAAUUUGCAUCUCUCAAAGACCAUUCCAAGUGGGCAGUUUCUAGUGAAUCGGAUAAAGAUUAUAUUUGUGUGGGAGACAUCAACCGACAGGAACAUCAGAAGGCACGUGGCGGAGGGAGUGUUUGCAGUCAACUCACUUCUAUAGUAGCUGUUUACAGGCGGACAAUCUCGUCUGUUGAAGGUUGUCCCAAAGAAGACACCAAUGAGAUUAGAUGAUGUUUUUGUUUCAUCAUCAUGUGGCGGUGAAUUAAAUUUAUGAAUUGUGAAAAAUAAAAUGAAAAGAUUA